GACCUUUUCCUAAAACGCGCCAAAAGUGCGUUUUUGCGAAAACGCACUUUUGCAUUAGCCACAUUUGCAUUUGUUGAGGAAAUGAUCGAGAAGCUUGUUUUACUCGCUGGUCGUUCCUCUGUCAUUCAUUCCUUGUGCAGGCCGCCUGCUGCUGCUCUCUUUGUUAGAGUCACAGCUAGCUUUAGCACAUGUUGGUAAUAGCUUAACCAAAUUAGCACGGAGAAAUAGCCUAAUAGCCCACUUGGUCUUUCUGAUGCAGUUUUUUACUGCCAUAUCUUCAACCGGGCAUGAUAUUUGCACAGACUCUACCCUUCAUCAUAAUUAAAUGACACACAGACAUCAGUUUCCGGUGUUGUAGUUUAGGACUGAAUCUGUUAAUCAAGCCACGUUUCGUGUUUCUCAAAUCCUCAAACAUGCCACAGCGGCGCAGGUGCUGCUGUGUGUGCGUGCUGUGUGUGUGCGAGGUGUGUUUGCCUGCAGAACCAGUUCCAACAUGAAGAGAGGCAAGAAGACAGAUGAUGGGUCUGCUGAUGGGGAGAAUGAUGCAGGCUCUGCUUCUGCAAAAAAAGCCAAGAAAUCCAAGGAACCAGAAGCCCCAGUACUGUACGAAGACCCCCCUGACAAAAUGACGAGCAAAGAUGGCCGUAGCGCCAACAUGAAGAUCACCUCCUGGAACGUAGACGGGCUCAGGGCCUGGGUGAAAAAGAACGGACUGGAUUGGGUGCGUGAGGAGGCGCCAGAUGUUCUGUGCCUCCAAGAGACAAAGUGUUCAGAGAAAGCCCUUCCUGCCCAGAUCACGUCCAUGCCCGAGUACCCCCACAAAUACUGGGCUGCGUCCAAUGACAAGGAGGGCUACAGUGGUGUAGCCAUGCUGUGCAAGACUGAACCUCUCAAAGUCACUUAUGGAAUUGGCAAAGAGGAGCACGAUAAGGAGGGGCGCGUCAUCACAGCCGAGUUCCCAAACUUCUACCUUGUGACGGCCUACGUCCCGAACGCGAGCAGAGGCCUCGUCCGCCUAGAUUACCGCAAAACCUGGGACGUGGACUUCCGAGCUUACCUGAGCGAGCUCGACAUCCAGAAGCCCCUGGUACUGUGCGGCGAUCUCAAUGUCGCGCACCAGGAGAUCGACUUGAAGAACCCAAAGGGCAACAAGAAGAACGCGGGCUUCACCCCGGAGGAGCGCGAAGGGUUCAGCCAGCUGCUGGCGGCCGGCUUCGUGGACAGCUUCCGUGAGCUCUACCCGGAGCAGGCCAACGCCUACACCUUCUGGACCUACAUGAUGAACGCCCGCUCUAAGAACGUGGGCUGGCGGCUCGACUACUUCCUGCUCUCGUCUUCCCUGCUGCCAGGCCUGUGCGAUAAUAAGAUCCGUAACAAGGCAAUGGGGAGCGACCACUGCCCCAUCACUCUCCACAUAGCUGUGUGAAUCACAUCUGAUGAUAAUCCAACUUUUACUCUUGUCUUUUUUUUUUUUUUUUGUUCCGACUUGUCUCAACUGCAUCAGCUAGAGUGGUACCCAGUCUCACUGUUAGUAGAGUUGCCCUGUAGCUUAGUAGUUUUCUUUAAAUGUUCCACAACAUCGAUCGUGUCCGAUAACCCAAACUACUUUCAUAAAAUCCGUGAUAUACAGCCAAGGUCUGCACACAUGCAACACUAAGCACACAUUUAAGCUAAUUUUCAUGAUGCUUCUGUUACUGAUCCACUGCUGUAAAAGGAAACCUGUCGUGGUUUAAGCUCCCUUCUUGUACCUUGUUAUAUUUUUUUAUGUGAAACUUGCUUACACUCUUACACUCAAAUAAAAACUCUUUAUUUCCA